AUGCUAGAGAUUCGUUGCUAUGACACAGUGAUAAGGAUUGAUAAACAAUUGCAAAUGCAUCAUACGCGUGAAGCGAUUCAAUGGUUUAUGGACUAUUUGAAUCUGACCAGUGUGCUUCAAGAGCGUAACGAUCCAAGUCCUUGGUCGUGGUACGGUUCGAUGUUUUAUGCCGGACAACUUUAUACCACCAUCGGUUAUGGAUUGCCUGUGGCCAAAACUCGUGCUGGACAAAUCGCGAGUAUAUUCUAUAUAAUGUUGGGUAUUCCCAUAUUCUUGAUCAUUCUGAAGGAAGUGGGUCGCCUGCUGUCACGAGCGUUACGAAAGUUCUACAAACGCCUUCGUACGGCCCGUAAUAAACUACCAUCAAAGCGUUUAGCCAGUUUAAGUAUGCCUGUUAAGGCACUUUACACAUCUGCCUAUUCGUUAGCAAACAGUUUGGGGCCAGAUCAUAAGAAGUUGGCGUCGAUGGACGUUGAAUUGGGCGCAAACGAACAGAAUGAACUCAAUAAAAAAUUGAGUCGCGAGAAUUCGUUUCCGAUUCCGAUUGCGUUGUCGAUGCUUGUGCUCUGGAUCGGUGUUUCGGCGGGCCUCUUCUGUUUGUGGGAAACUGAAUGGGGCUAUUUAACAUCAGUUUAUUUUUUCUUUGUUUCUAUAAGCACAGUUGGUUUGGGUGAUAUAGUGCCAGGGAAUAAAGACAUGAUGCUGGUGAAUUUUGUUCUCAUUUUGAUUGGUUUGGCCUUAUUAUCGAUGUGCAUUAAUCUUAUUCAGGGAGCAAUUGAGAAGUUCAUUGAUCAAUUGCUAGUGCAGUAUAUCGAAGAGAUCGAGCGGGUAGCUGCAAUAGUGCAGGGCGGUGGUGGUUCGGCUAGGACAGAAAGUAGCUGUGCUACGGAUUACAAGGAUGAGACCACGUUGGAGAUCGGAUUAACCGGUAAGUGCGCACUCGUUUUGCAUAUGAUUUGCACGGUUUCCGUGUUAUCCCUAGAACUGUGCUGA